AUGGCAGAGUAGUUUUUCCAGAGUUAAUUUUUUUCCCCUCAAAAAUAGUUGUUUUUGCUCUAUUUUGAGUGUACAGAGUAAAAUGUGUCAGUAGAGUGGGAGCGAAAUUAAAGAGUAACUGUGACUCCUCCCCAAAAUUAUCCUCCCAAAGUUUAGUUUAUCCGCCAUUACUGUUCGUCACGGCCAUCGCGAUCGCUGCCGUUUGUGGGUUUAGAAGAGAAGUUGCGCUUCUACUGGAUGUUAAAGAUGCAAACCAACAAUGUUGUCAGAGUGAAGUUCAAAGAUAGCAAGAAAUAUAUUUUUUCUCCAACACCUUUUACAUUUCAGAUGUUUUUGGAAUGUGUUGCCAAGAAAUUUGAUCUUCCUACAAUGGACGUUAAAGUCUUUGAUGACUCGAAGACAGAAGUUGAUGAGGAAGCAUUUGAAUAUCUGCUGACACGACCAGACCUUGGUGUCCUAGAAAUUUUCAUCCCAGGCACAGCAAGUUUUGAUGAUUCUUUAAGCUCAAGCUCAUUAGGAGAUGCUGGGGGCACAUCAGAGUCUGAUGACACAGCAAUGUUGAUUAGAAGUCCUCCUGAAAAAAAUCGAGCUGAGGAACGUCGUCUUGCCCAAAUGGUCGAAGAUAUCCUAAAGAGCAGCCCUGGAGGCGAGAAGGUCAUAAAUGAAUACGCUCGCACUAAAAGUCUGUCAGAUGGCAGAAGACGUAACAUGGUGAAAAUCUUGGUAGCACAUUUGACAAAUGAACAUGGAACAAGCCCUUCCCGACGUUUGAAGGAAGAAUAUGCGAAGGGAAUCAUCUCCCUAUUCCCAUACUUGGCUGACCCCAGGAGCAAACUUGGUUAUGAGCAUUAUUACAAUGCAGAAGAUGGAAGUGGAUAUUUGGCAUGGAGAAUUAAAACGCUGCAGAAAGAAGGAUCAGAGGGACGGAUGAAACGCCCACGGCAACCACAGACAGGUGGGCCAACUGCUGACAGGGAUCCCUACAAAGAAGACAGCUGGUUGAAUGAUGAACGUCAGUGUCAGGAAGCAAUUGCCCUGAUGAAGCAUACAGCUGAUGAGGCAGUGGUAAAGGAAAAGAUGAGGUUAACACUGGCCUAUCGCCAGAAGAUGCUGCACGAACCUAAAGAG